GUCGUCCCUUGUCACUAUAGGUCACUGCAGGGUCAAGCACGCUGCAAGCACACUCUCCCUGACCUCCCGUACGACUAUGGCGCACUCGCGCCCUACAUCUCUGCCGAAAUCAUGCAGCUGCACCACAGCAAGCAUCACCAGACGUACGUGAACAACCUGAAUGCCGCAGAGGAGCAGCUCGGUGAAGCCCUUCAGCAAGGCAACGUGACAAAGGUCGUGGCUCUGCAGCAGGCUAUCAAGUUCAACGGCGGUGGGCACAUCAAUCACAGCAUCUUCUGGAAGAACCUCUCCUCCGAGGGAGGCGGUCAACCAAGUGCCGACCUGAUGGAUCAGAUCCACAUCGACUUUGGAACGUUUGAGAACAUGCAGAACCAGAUGACAGCAGCAACGGUGGCGGUGCAGGGCUCUGGCUGGGGUUGGCUCGGUUACAGCAAGCAAAAUGGAGGCCUGCGUGUCCUGGCCUGUGCCAAUCAGGAUCCACUAGAGGGCACCACAGGGUUUGUGCCGCUCCUGGGCAUCGAUGUCUGGGAACACGCGUACUAUCUGCAAUAUAAGAACGUUCGUCCAGAUUACGUGAAGGCUAUCUGGAAUGUCGUGAACUGGAAGGAUGUCCAGGAGAGAUUUGUCACAGCCAGACAGAGUUAAGAGGGAUAAUAAUGAAACGAAGAUAAGCAGAGUCGCACGUGACGCGGACGACUGAACGUGUGUUUCCAGUACUGCUUCGCUCCACACACGGUCUUCGAUGCGAAAACCCUGACAAAAGUCACAUCGCUAGCUCUGGCUCUUGGAUAGAAUUCACUGAAGAUUAAUCAAAUGCCUUUAGAUAGAGUGUACUGACCAAACAUGGUAUCCCUUUACAAUGUUGGCAUUUAGCUGUUUGCCCAAAGGUUUACAUGCACUGACCACUGUGGAAAAACUCCUUACAAUGUAAGCUAAUAUGUGCAAAAUCAUGUACAGUCAUCAUGAAGUUACAUAUAGGUGAUAGUAAUUGUGAUAAACGGUCACGCCACACCACGUGGACACAGGGGAUUGCUAGUGUAAAUGCUACCGGUGAUGCAACCAAACUUUUCCAACAAAAAUUAUGUGUUCUGUUAUGGUUAGCUUCAAGAUGUACAUAGCAAUUAGGUUUUACGUGGUAAUAAAAUAGGGUUUUCAUAGAAAUUGCCACUACAAUCUUGGUAGUUAUUAUGCGUAAACUGUUUUGAAGAUUGCUGUCGAAUAUGGAAAUAUGGAAUUGUGUUAAAUACCAGUUUGUAAUGAGUAGAAAUUAGUUGAGAAAUGUAUUUUCGUUUUAUUUCUGAAACGAUUCACAAUUGCAAUUGAUUUUUGAAAAUAAAACAAUAAUCCAUUCAUGACGUAUUUAACUCAGCUAUUCUACCAUACAGUUUUUCAACAUGAAUAAAAUCUCAUGC